AUGCCUUGUCCUGAGCCCCCUUCCGCCCUUGAUGGGCGCUGUUCUGUCGUCUAUAACAACACUAUCUACGUAUACACACCUACUGCGUUAUUAUCAUUACCUAUCAAACAAGGCGCCAAGUGGAAUUCUACAGAUUCUGGUGAACCAGUAACCGAUGCUGUCUGUGUUGUGGGAAGCAUUGAUGGCUCUCCCGAUAACCAAGGCUUAUAUGUUGUGGGAGGUACUUCCAACAACUCCACCUAUUCCGGUCUCCAGAGAUACUUGUUCAGUGAGAGGAAGUGGGAGACAGUCUCUCUAGGCUUUCCUUAUAUUCAAAAUCGAGUCAAUCACAGUGCUAUAUAUCUCCCCGGAACUGCUUCGAUCCUCGUCUAUGCAGGAUCUCAGACGUCAAAUCAGGAUGCAUCGACAACAACCUUUGAAAUUCCCGUAAAAAGCCCGGUAUUACUGAACCGUCCAGGGAACAUAGCAGCCGGGAUCAAACCAACUCUACUACCUUGGGAUGACGCGACAGCCGUGUAUGUGGGAGGAACUCCUACGAACACCGAGGUCUUCCUGUACCACGGCGAUAGUGGUUGGGGCACCUCACAAAUCUCCCUCGCGCAGGGAAUACCUAGUGAUGCUGGAGUUGCGAUUCAGUCUAAUCCAGAUGGAAGCAAAUUCCUGGAGAUCUUUGAUAUGACUGUGUCCCCAAACAACGUAACCUACGUUGCUCUGCUACAAACGGGCGGCUCUCCAGCAUACCCUGGCCAACCCGUGAACUUCACCACGUCAUCAUCUACGAAGAAACGGAAGCGUGACUGGGGAAAUGUACCUUCAUACAACGGCACAUUGGCCUCUUCAAUAACACGCAGCAGCUUCUCCUUAGCGCAAUCCGACGACGGUUUGGUUAUCAUCUCUGGUGGAAGCAACACCGAUCCCCUUACUGUUUUCAACCAGACGCAGAAUAGCUGGCUCAACACCACGAAGCUCUUCUUUAGUGACGAAGUAAGUGCAGGGCUCCAGCAACCACUAACCCCUUCAUCCACGACAACUGCUCCGACGACCAGCGCUACAGCUACGACAACAACAGCAGCGUCAGCAUCGUCAACAACUACUACUGCUGCUGCUGCCUCUGGCGGGAGCAGAAUCGGCACGGGCGUCAUCAUAGGUGCAACUCUAGGUUGUUUGCUAGGUGUGGCUGCCAUUUUAGUCAUUCUCCUGAUAGUUCUUCGUCAUCUGCAUCGCAGGAAUGGUGGCUCAAUCGGCAAAAGUAGCCGCCGUUAUGGUUCCCAAGAUAAAGACCGAUUAAGCUUUCAAGAUCGAGGCAUCGAACCUCUCACAAUGGCCGCUGUGCCCAUGGCUCGAAGCAACGUUCCUUCAGCAGUAGACUCUCUCAACAUGAUAUCCGGAAAAUUCACGAACGAUCCUCCCAGUGCUUCCCUGGCGGAUAAAAACCAGGCUACGACCCGGUCUUUAGUUCCACCUGCCAGGAGUCCCCUGAUAACGAUUGCUUCUAGUCGGAUAGAUCAACAUAUGAAUGACUCUCUCACACCCACCAACGAGCCUGGUCAUUCGCGCGGUGAUCGAAGCACUGAUGAAGGUUGGGGCAAAUAUUUCCAGGACGGAGCAGCUGAAGGUCUUACGACAGACUCUCCUCGUACUACAAUGAACUCGGACAUUUCUCAAGUUACAAAGUCCGAUUAUCGAGGCAGUAUGUGGCCUCACGAAGUGCCAGAGAGAACCACAAUUGCAUUGAGUGCUCUUGACGGACCCAGGCCGUUGGGACAAGUGCCUUCCGGCAGUCCUAGCGCAGAACACCUACCAUCAUACGGUGGCCAACAUAUUCAUCAAGCACAGGCGGCUCAUAUAUCGACUGCCGACUCAUCCAGCUUUAUCUCGGAUUUAGAAGAUGAACAUGACCGCCAUGAUGGGUUCUCUUCCGGCAUUCCACAAAGUGUUCAUGAUGGAACUAGUUGGGUCCAUCAGCCCUAUAACUUACGGCCGUCGAGUAGUGUGCAUGAGUCGAUAGUCGACGCUCGGUCCCACGAACGAAGAUCAAGUGGUAUUCUUCACCACAAUUUGGAUGGCUAUCCACCAACCAACGUCAAUUCAGAUAUGAGCUGGUUGAACCUGCAUGCAGACAAGUAA